CCCCAAGCACCCGCCAUGAUCAGGACCUUGCUGCUGUCUGCAUUGGUGGCUGGAGCCAUCAGCUAUGGGCUUGCUGCUUCCUUACCCGACCUGGGCCGGGUGGUUGGAGGCCAGGAGGCAGUACCCAACAGCUGGCCUUGGCAGGUUUCCCUGCAGUACACCUCCAGUGGCCGGUGGUACCACACCUGUGGAGGCUUCCUGGUGGCCACGAACUGGGUGGUAACAGCCGCCCACUGCAUCAGCAAUACCCUGACCUACCGCGUGGUGCUGGGGCGGCACAGCCUCUCCACGGCGGAGCCCGGCUCGCUGGCCGUCGCGGUCUCCAAGCACAUCGUGCACGAGAACUGGGACCCCAACCAGAUCUCCCAAGGCAACGACAUCGCCGUGCUCAAACUGGCCAGCCACGUUGCCCUGAGUUACAAGAUCCAGCUGGCCCAACUCCCACAGGCCGGCACCAUUCUCCCCAACAACUACCCCUGCUACGUGACGGGCUGGGGCAGGCUGCAGACCGGAGGUGCCAGUCCUGACAUUCUGCAGCAGGGCCGGUUACUGGUUGUGGACUUCGCCACGUGCUCGAAAUCUAGCUGGUGGGGCAGCGCCGUGAAGACCACCAUGAUCUGUGCCGGCGGCGAUGGCGUGAUCUCCAGCUGCAACGGCGACUCCGGGGGCCCACUGAACUGCCAAGCAGACAACGGCCAGUGGCAGGUGCACGGGAUCGUCAGCUUCGGCUCCACACUGGGCUGCAACUACCCCCGCAAGCCCUCGGUCUUCACCCGGGUGUCCAACUAUAUCGGCUGGAUCAAUUCGGCGAUUGCAAAUAACUAACCGAGGAAGUCCCUGAGACCUGCAGGCCGGGAAAGGCUCAGCGGGGAAGUGACAAUAAAGUGACCGUCAACUC